AUGAUCUCACCGCAGGAGCGUUGCAUUAGUGCCUCGGAGGUUCCAGGAGUCCCGGCUGUGGCCCCAUCUACGAAUGGAUCUGAUGGCGCAGGACGGCCCCUACGAGUCAUUAUUGUCGGAGCUGGCAUUGGAGGCCUCACCGCUGCCAUUGGCCUUCGUCGUAACGGCCAUCGAGUUGUGUUGUUAGAACAGUCCCGGCUGGCUAACGAAACCGGCGCCGCUGUACACCUUACGCCCAACGCCAACGGGAUCCUUCGCCGUUGGGGACUGCGAGCAGAGUGCUUUGGGGCCAUCAGCAACGAUCGUAUUGUCGAAAAGACGCACGAUGGCCGGCUGCUCCUGGACGUGGACUUGAGGAAAGCCAAUCAGCGGUGGGCACAUCCGUGGCAUAUAGUCCAGCGCGUCGACUUACACAAGGCGCUCAAAGAGGCUGCCACAGGGCCUGGUGGCUACGGCGUGCCGGCGUCACUCCAUUCCGCCAGCAAAGUGGUGGCCGUCAACGCCGAAUGUGGGUCAGUGACAUUGGAAGACGGAAGCGUGACCUUUGGAGAUGUGAUCCUUGGUGCUGACGGUAUCUACUCAAGAUUCACCAUAAUAAAACCAACUAAUCAUGUUCCCCCGACACAGUCCACUGCACGGUCUACGGUUGAUACCGCCAGCUUGCGGCACACUGGGAAGGCUGCUUUCCGGUUCCAGAUAUCUCGCCGUGCGGCUCAAGAAGAUGUGAUAUCCCGCCAUCUGGGCGAGUACGAAAACACAUUUUGCACAUGGCUAGCUAGGGAUCGGAGAGUCGUCAUGUAUACAUGCGACGGAAACAAGAUGCUUAACUUUGUCUGCAUACACCCAGAUGCGGAACAUUGUACUGAAGUCAGAGAACAUUGGAUCAAAGAGGCGAGCAUUAGUCAAUUACUCCACUGCUUCAGAGACUUUGAGCCUUCUCUCCGGGCCCUCAUGAGCAAAGCGGACCCAUCGAGCCUUCGAAUUUGGCAACUGCUCGAUAUGGAACAAAUCAGUUGGACUAGCAACAAACUGGCUCUCAUGGGCGACGCUGCUCAUCCGUUUACUCCACAUCAAGGACAAGGUGCCGGCAUGGCUAUAGAAGAUGCUGCUGCACUCUCUGUUGUUCUCUCCAAAGGGACAAGUCGAGAGACAAUACCAGCACGUCUUGGAUUGUAUGAGGAUAUUCGUAAAGGAAGAGUGCACGCUGUGCAACAAUCUUCUCGACGUGCAGGGGAAGACUGGGAAGAGGGGAAGAGCCAGCUGGAUAACAAUGAUUACAACUGCGGACAUGAUGAGUUGGAUCACUCAACCAGAUUGUUCGACAAGUGGCGUUGGUCGCAACGGCCGAACACGGUUUGGCAAACACCACUUGGCUUCGGACCUCAGCCAGGGCCGCUCCAGGACGGAUAUGGUCAACAGCGUCGAAUCGCCAUACACAGCCCCAUGCGCGACUUUACUACCAUUAGUGUUCGGUUCAUGACUUCCCGAACCCUGCUUCAAAAUCUUUUCCCUCACGAGCGAUUCGAGUUCAAGCGCCCAAACACAGUCUGCACGGCAACCUGGUCCGUCACAUCCUUAAACCACGUCCCCUGGUUGGCCAGAGGGGGCUAUACUACGCUCGCUCUCUUCGUUCAUGGCGUCAGGUAUACCAAGAAUGACGGCACAGUUGUCAACGGGGCCUUUGUGCCGAUCUUGUUCGAGUCCCUUGCCGAUGCCGUGGUCGCUGGUCGGGAGCAGCUCGGCCUCCCCAAAGUGAGCUGUGACGUUCACAUAUCCCAUUGCACUGGCUCGUGCCAUGCGACGGCGUCUUGGCGCGGUGCGACGUUUAUCGAUAUCACGCUUCCGGAUCUCCGCGAAGAAGAACCGAGGUCCGAAGCUGGAGCUGUCUUUGGUGAGACCAACGUGCUUGCGUAUCACUACGUACCCGCCAUCGGUGAGCCUGGAAAGGCUGAUGCCGAGUACGCCUGUCUUAUAUCUCAUGCAGACGAAGGCAGGGUGCAAACGGGCGGAAAGCUUCAUUAUGUAGCGCGAUCGAUUGGCUCGCGCGUCAACUGUGCUGCGCUGGACUGGGAGAGGUUGCCUACACUUCACCAUAUUGCUGCUAAGCUGGCUCAGUUACCCGUGUACGAGAUUGUGAGCGCCAAGCUGGUCAAAGGUGUUGUCCCAGCGGACAAGCCGAUCGCCAAACGUAUUGAGUAG